CACAUGAUUACACACAGAUACAUUCGUUGGUCACAGUGAGGAGAGGGCGUUCCUACGGUGGCGGCGUGCAUUCGCCUAUGUGACACAAUUACAACAACUUUGAGCUGGUGUGGGGGGAAGUUUACUAUAUUACCAAAUAACGCCCUAUCGUAAAAACCGGCAUCAACUCUACUCCUUGCAUUAUUUGGCAAAUACAUACAUGUAGUAUUUUGUGUACAAUCAUGCGAUAAGGCUGUUUUUGGACGGGUCUUGUUUUCCUUCAGGAUUUGGCAAUCACUCGGCUGAGCUAGCAACGUUUUCAGUACUACAUACGGUGGUGUACUUUCGUUCUUAUAUUUUGGGGGAUUUUUGUCGCCCGCUUCCCUGUUCCUUUUCUAUGAAAUCGUGCGGAGUGUCGCUCGACGCGGCUGCUGCUCGAAGUCUCGGCGCUGCUGGUGAUGAGGAAAAGAAAAUGGCGGCGGGAAAAGCGAAUGAAAUAGAAUUGGACUUUCUGAAGCUAACAGCGCAGGAGAGAGAGAGCUUGGUCGAAAUUGACAGUUCACUAUUUGGAUUUCAGAGGCUUCAUGAAGAUGGCGCCAGAACGAAGGCCUUGCUGUUAAAGGCUGUAAGCUGCUAUGACUCUGCCAUCCUGAAGUCAGAAGGGAAAGUAGAGCCAGAGAUGUUCUGCCAGCUGGGCCACUUCAAUCUUCUCCUGGAGGACUAUCCAAAAGCAUUAUCUGCAUAUCAGAGGUACUACAGUUUACAGUCGGACUACUGGAAGAAUGCUGCCUUUUUAUAUGGUCUUGGUUUGGUCUACUUCCAUUACAACACAUUUCACUGGGCGAUAAAAGCAUUUCAGGAUGGGCUCUAUAUUGACCCCAGUUUCUCCCGAGCCACAGAGAUCCACAUGAGACUGGGCCUCAUGUUUAAAGGCAACACCAAUUACGAGUCCAGUCUGAAGCAUUUUCAGCUGGCUUUGAUUGACUCCAACCCCUGCACUUUGUCCAAAGCUGAAAUUCAGUUCCACAUCGCUCAUUUAUAUGAGAUUCAGGAUCAACAUACAGCCCCAAAAGAAGCGUAUGAGAAUUUACUCCAGACAGAGAAUCUUCCUGCACAGGUGAAGGCUGCUACACUGCAGCAACUAGGCUGGAUGCAUCACACAGUGGAGCGGUUAGGGGACCCAGGCUCCAAGGACAGCUAUGCCAUCCAGUGUCUGCAGAAGUCACUAGAAGCAGACCCCAACUCUGGACAGUCCUGGUACUUCCUCGGCAGGUGCUACUCCAGUAUUGGGAAAGUCCAGGAUGCCUUCAUCUCCUACAGACAGUCCAUUGACAAGUCUGAGUCCAGCGCUGAUACCUGGUGCUCCAUAGGUGUUCUGUACCAGCAGCAGAACCAGCCUAUGGAUGCUCUGCAGGCGUACAUCUGUGCAGUGCAGCUGGACCACAGUCAUGCGGCUGCCUGGAUGGACCUGGGCACGCUCUACGAGUCCUGCGGGCAGCCGCACGACGCAAUCAAGUGUUACAUCAACGCCACGCGCAGCAAGGCCUGCACCAACACCGCUGCCCUCACACACCGCAUUAAGCUGCUCCAGGCUCACCCUCAGACAGGUAGUGUUGCGGGGGGGAAGGGUGGUAAAAUGCUUCCUAGUAUUGAGGAGGCGUGGAGCCUGCCCAUCCCCGCUGAGCUCACCUCCAGACAGGGGGGCCUGAACACUGCAGCAGGCAGCCCAGGGCCACAGGCACAGCAGCAGGCAUGUAAGCCCCACCAGGGAGGUGAGGGAGGCCAGGUACAGACACAGGUCUCUCCCCAUCCCAGCCACACUGACAGUCAGGCCAGCCCUGCCAAGAGAAAAUGCACCACCAGCCCAGCUAAGAGUGGUGUCGACUUGUGGACAAACGACCCGGUACAACAGCAGAUCCCCAGCUGGUACCUAACGCCACAGAGACUACAGCUCCUGGAUCAGCUCCGGACCAACCGGACCAGUCUGAAACCACCACAGGUACAGAUGCUGGAUCAGCUGGAAAACCAGUUCUCCCUCAUGCAGCAGCAUCAACAUCAGGUGAAACAGCAGGCAGCAGGCCAGUUGUGGCCCACACAACCCAACGGCCCCUCGCUAUCCCCAAACUCCCUCCCCUCACCUCACCCCCUCUCCCGGACUUCACCUGUCAGUCACACCACAGCCCACCCUCCCUGCACUCCUCAGCCAAUGGCCAACGGACCUUUAUCUUUAAGUCACCUGGGACAGCUGGGUAAUCAGGAGGCGGGGACCAUGGGCAAUAAUCACACUCCCGGUUUACCGGGUGCAGGGACUUUACCGGGGGGUCUAACGGAAAGUGGCAGGAGUAACAGAAACGUGCCUUACCUGCAGCAGAACUGUCUACCUCACAACUGCACAGCCGCUAGUGAUACCAGUACCCCUACCAGCAACAACACUAGUAGUACCAAUACCCCCACCAGCAACACCACCAGUCACCGCAGUAACAGUACCAGUACCAGUAAUGCAGAGGAGGCCUGGAAGAGCCAGCAACACACCAACUCCCCAGAGGGGCUUCACAAAGGUCCAGGGUCAUAUUCGGCAGGUCCCAAUGGAGAACACCCUUCCUCCCCCUCCCAUCCCACCCAGGCAGCUGGCCCUGGUGCUCAAAGUCUAAAUCAGGUCGGACAUUCCACCGGGUCCUGCCCUGCCUCCUCUUCCUCCUCCUGUUCCUCCCUCUCCUCCUUCUCCUCUUCGCCACAGAGGGGUGGUGCCCCCAACUAUCUCCCUUCCUCUCCCCUCCCCUCCACCACCACUACCUCAGGGGCCCAAACCAAAGAGACCACGCCUUUAGGAAUCAGCAGCGGAUUGGCUACCCCUGCAGGGACACUACUCAGUCCCAGUCUAACCGCCCUUACACAUGGAUUGGCUACCCCUGCAGGGACACUACUCAGUCCCAGUCUAACCGCCCUUACACAUGGAUUGGUUAAUCACAUCCAGCAGGGGGCGGUGACCACCACGUACAGCUCGGGGAGCCAAUCCCAGCCCGGCUCUCCUCCUCCGGACGCGUUCAGUUCAGACGACCCUCAGCUCUCAGCCUUGCUCAGAGGAAAGGACAAUAAUAAGGAUGAUGGAAACCACGAUAGUAAUAAUCAUCAUCAUCAUCGUGGCGUUAAUCAAGGAGCCACCACGGACGAUAACAUCAAGGUCAACAACAUCCCCUCGGGUGUCCACCAUGGAGGUCCCAAACCCCUGUCGGAACACUCUGUGGCGUCCUCGCCCCUCUCAGCCAUGUCCGUCACCACCCCCUCCUCCCACCGCUCAACUAACCCCCCGACAGCCAGCAACCUCGCCAGCCUUAACAGCAGCCCACCCAACAGAGGAACCACCGGUACCACCACUACCCCACAGGUCAAUGGUAAGGGGCUAGAGGACUCUCGCAGCCCAGUCAAAGUGGAUCCCACUGAGCUGUCUCACAGAAGGCCAGCCCUGGCCUCAUGGUCCUCAGUAUCCAUCUACCCCAGCUCAAACCAGGUGCUCAAAGCAUGCAGGAACCUGGGGAAGAAUGGCCUGUCCGGCAGCAGUAUCCUCCUUGAUCAGUGUCCCCCGCCUAGGCCCCCCCUGCCCCCCUCACCCUCGCUGCCGAAGGACAAACUCAACCCCUCCACACCCAGUAUCUACCUGGAGAAUAAGAGAGAUGCCUUCUUCCCUCCGCUUCACCAGUUCUGCACCAACCCCUCCAACCCUGUCACUGUCAUCAGAGGGCUGGCCGGGGCGCUCAAACUGGACCUGGGUCUGUUCUCUACUAAGUCCCUGGUGGAGGCUAACCCAGACCACCUGGUGGAGGUGCGGACUCAGCUGUCUCAGCCCACCGAUGAGAACUGGGACCUGAGCGGCACCAGGAAGAUGUGGCGCUGCCAGAGCAGCCAGUCACACACCACCAUCGCCAAGUACGCCCAAUACCAGGCGUCGUCCUUCCAGGAUUCACUACGGGAGGAGAAGAAGAUGGAGUUGGAAGCAGAGGCAGCCAACGCAGAGAGUGUGGUGUGCCGGAAGAAAGGGCCCUUCAAACACAUCAAGUUUGGCACCAACAUCGACCUGUCCGACGAUAGGAAGUGGAAACUGCAUCUGCAGGAGCUCAGUAAGCUGCCAGCCUUUGCCAGGGUGGUGUCUGCUGGAAACCUGCUCAGCCACGUAGGACACACCAUCCUGGGCAUGAACACUGUCCAGCUUUACAUGAAGGUCCCUGGGAGUAGGACGCCAGGUCACCAAGAGAACAACAACUUCUGUUCAGUGAACAUCAACAUCGGCCCGGGGGACUGUGAGUGGUUCUCUGUGCCCCAGCCUUACUGGGGAAUCAUCAACGACUUCUGUGAAAAGAACAACAUCAACUUCCUGAUGGGUUCAUGGUGGCCCAACCUGGAGGACCUGUACGAGGCAGAUGUCCCCGUCUACCGCUUCAUCCAGCGCCCCGGAGACCUGGUGUGGCUCAACACGGGCACCGUCCACUGGGUCCAGGCCAUCGGCUGGUGCAACAACAUCUCCUGGAACGUAGGACCCCUCACUGCGUACCAGUAUAAGCUGGCAGCAGAGCGAUAUGAAUGGAAUAAGCUGCAGAGCGUCAAGUCCAUUGUCCCCAUGAUACACCUCUCCUGGAACAUGGCCAGGAAUAUCAAAGUCUCCGACAGCAAGCUCUUCCAGAUGAUCAAGUACUGUCUGCUGCGGACAUUGAAGCAGUGUCAGAUGCUGCAGGAGCUACUGCAGGCGUCAGGCAAGGAACUGGUGUGGCACGGCAGGACCAGGGACGAACCCGCACAUUACUGCAGCAUCUGUGAGGUGGAGGUGUUUGCCCUACUGUUUGUAACCAGUGAGAGCAACAGCAGGAAGACUUACGUGGUGCAUUGUCAGGACUGUGCCCGUAGGGGGAGCUCUAACCUGGACAACUUUGUGGUGCUGGAGCAGUACAAGAUGGACGACCUCACACAGGUCUACGACCAGUUCACACUCGCUCCUCCUUUGCCAUCAUCCUCUUGACGGUAACAUUCUGUUGUUCUGAGGACAAUAAGAAUCCAUGCUGUACUCCCAGAAGCCACCGGAAGCCCCUUUUCUGAUAUUCAGGAAGUGAGCCAGCAGUCCUCUUCUGCUUUCUGUAGAUAUUCCACAAGGCAGCUGGGUGAAAAGCUGUGUGUCUAUGCAACCUGCCCAGAGUGGAGGUAAGGUGUCUCCUCCUAGAGGACUGGAGGGGGAGGGCAUUACUGCUGCCUUCUCCACCAGCCGUGGUGGAAAAAGUACCCCAUUGUCAUACUUGAGUAGAGGUAAAGAUACCUUGAUAGAAAAUCACCAGCCACCAGUAAAAUACUACUUGAGUAAAAGUCUACUAUAUGGUUUUAAAUAUACUUCAGUAUCAAAAGUAAAUGUAAUUGCUAAAAUAUACUUAAUCAAGUAUAAAUAAUUACACAUUUCUUAUAUUAUUUAUAUAUUAUAUUGUUAUUAUAUUAUAUUAUUAUAUUAGGCAAAGCAGAUGGACACAUUUUAUUUUUUAAUUUACAGAUAGCAAGGGGCACACUCCAACACUCAGAUAUCAUUAACAAAUGAAGCAUUUGUGAUUAGUGAGUCUGCCCGAUCAGAGGCAGUAGGGAUGUUCUAAAAGAUAAGUGUGUGAGUUAGACCAUUUUCCUGUCCUGCUAAGCAUUUCAAGUGUAACGAGUACUUCUGGGUGUCAGGCAAAAAUGUAUGGAGUAAAAAGUACUUUUUUUUAUUUUAUUUUUUUUAGAAAUGUAGCGAAAUAAAAGUUGUCCAAAAUAUAAAUAGUAAAGUACAGAUACCCCCCAAAAAACUACUUAAUUGCUGUCUGGCACAAUAGCUGACAAAAAUGAUGACCGCAUUUCUAUUGUAUAUAUAUUUUGUUAAAACUGGCAACAACAUCACACAAAGACUACUGACUUGAUACACAUUUCCCUUUUUUAAUGAUGUUUGUGGGCUGAUACAAACGUGCUCUUGGUGUCCCCCCCUUGAGUCUACGUCCUAGAAUCACUGGUCUUUUGUAUGUUAGUAAAUAGAAGUCGUCUUUGGGCAAGAAAAUAAGAAGAAGAAAACAAUUUGUAAAGUAAUAUAUAUAUUUUUUACUGUUUUUGUUAUUUUGGAACCAUGUGGUUUGGUUCUGUAGGUAAAAUAGUAUUCCAAUGAGAGAGAAAUUAACAGCCAAGUCACCAAGAGACUUUUAUGGAAUAAACUUUUUUUUUCUAACCUUUGUUGUAAAUUUACACUAUUUAUAAAAUUUAUAUUUAUUGCUUGAAAAUAGUUGUUGAUCGAAUGCUGUAAUUUUUUCUCCCACAGAUGACCUGCCAUUUAAAGGAGUUUUGUACACGACCCUUCCUACGUUUUCUAUACGAAUAAAACUGCUUUAGCAAAGCAUUUUUCCAGAGA